CGUGGGGGGCAGCAGCGCAACGCGAGCCUCUUCUUUCCUCCCUGCGCGGUGCAUGCGAUAAUCCAUUAAGAAAGUCAAGAGGAAGAGCUGCACAGCGCCUUCUGAUAGGCAGUGCCAGGAGCCCUCCAUCUGGAAGCAUCCUUGGUUGGGAGCACUAGGAAGUGUUCAAUAUAAACAUAGGCAAAAAUGAGAGACCGACUCUUUGAGCUUUAUGAGCAGUCCAGGCUCUAUAGCCAACAUCCUGAUGCUGAGGAUGAGUUGCAAAUACCCGAUGAAAUUCUUCUCUUUGAAACUGAUUACGCUUUAGCAAGUCUUUAUAAAGAUGUCCAGGGAAUACGAACAAGCAAUCACCACCUGAAAGAGGACAUUAGACGCCUGGGGAAACAAAAUACUCGCUUCCUUACAUCUAUGCGCCGCUUUAGUAGCAUAAAACGUGAUACAAACACAAUUGCGAAAGACAUCAAGGCCCGUGGUGAAGAUAUCCACAGGAAACUUCAGACCUUGAGAGACUUGAGUGAAGAUGCAGAAACAAAAUAUGGCUCAAAUGCAAUCAUAGCUCGUGUGUCAAAGGAUCACUACAUUGACCUCAUGCAUGCUUUCCAGGAAGCCAUGUUUGCAUACAACGAGACAGAGAUGAACCAGCGAGACAACUGCAAGAUUAGGAUCCAACGACAGCUAGAGAUCAUGGGCAAGGAUGUGUCUGGGAACCAGAUAGAGGACAUAAUUGAGCAAGGCAGGUGGGAUGUUUUUUCUGAAAACCUUCUGUCUGAUACAAAAGGAGCACGUUCAGCCUUGAAUGAGAUAGAGACACGGCACAAAGAGCUGAUGAAGCUGGAGUCUCGAAUCAAAGAGGUCCAUGAACUCUUCUUGCAGGUAGCACUGAUGGUAGAAGAGCAGGCUGACACUUUUAACAUAAUUGAGCUCAAUGUGCAAAAUGUUGAAGACUAUGUUGGAGAAGCUAAAGAUCAAGUGAGGAGAGCUCUUGAAUACAGGAGGAAGCAUCCUUGUCGAACUAUCCUCUGCUGCUGCUUAGCAUGCUGCAGAGGUUGACCAUCCUCCUGAAAUCGCUACAUCAGUGUUGUGGGCACAUGCAAAUGACUAUAUACUUGCCAUUUGUGCCCCUCUUCUUUUAUUAUUAGUAUGUUAUGAUGCAUUCCAGAGUAACGGAAGGCAAAAUUUAACCUUGCCCCAAAUACAGGUGCUCUAGAACAUAAACAAAGCUGUGGAAAUAUUGGUCAGAUGGAUAAUAAAUGUUUCCCAAAUGAACACUUUUAGUUAAAAACAACCACAACAUUCCAUGGACUUAAAGGAGUCAAUGGUGUGGUCUGGAGGAAAGAAAACAGAAGAAAAUAUAGAUUUAUAAAUGGAUGUAAUCUGGAUAACCCAGGCAACUAGCACGCACACAUGAUUCAAGAGUUUUGAUACAAGAUUUGUUGUAAUUGUAAAUGGAUGAUACUUAUUUUUGUAUAAAUAUACGGAUGUUUCUAUAUAUUAAAUCAAGUGAAGUUUUAGAAGUAUUAAAUAUUUAUACUUGUUUUUUU